AUGAGUAAGAGCAAAUGCUCCGUGGGACCGAUGUCCUCUGUGGUGGCCCCGGCUAAAGAGCCCAAUGCCAUGGGUCCCAGAGAGGUGGAGCUCAUCCUGGUCAAAGAGCAGAAUGGAGUGCAGCUGACCAACUCCACCCUCAUCAAUCCACCACAGACACCAGUGGAGGCUCAAGAGCGGGAGACCUGGAGCAAGAAAAUUGAUUUCCUGCUCUCAGUCAUUGGCUUUGCUGUGGACCUGGCCAAUGUCUGGCGGUUUCCCUACCUGUGCUACAAAAAUGGUGGAGGUGCCUUCCUGGUGCCCUACCUGCUCUUCAUGGUUAUUGCCGGGAUGCCCCUCUUCUACAUGGAGCUGGCUCUUGGGCAGUUCAACAGAGAAGGAGCUGCUGGAGUCUGGAAGAUCUGCCCUGUCCUGAAAGGUGUGGGCUUCACCGUCAUCCUCAUUUCUUUCUACGUGGGCUUCUUCUACAACGUCAUCAUCGCCUGGGCACUGCACUACUUCUUCUCCUCCUUCACCAUGGACCUCCCUUGGAUCCACUGCAACAACACCUGGAACAGCCCCAACUGCUCCGACGCCCAUGCCAGCAACUCUAGUGAUGGCCUGGGCCUCAAUGACACCUUCGGGACCACGCCUGCUGCUGAGUACUUUGAGCGUGGCGUGCUGCACCUCCACCAGAGCCGUGGUAUCGAUGACCUGGGCCCUCCACGAUGGCAGCUCACAGCCUGCCUGGUGCUGGUCAUUGUCUUGCUCUACUUCAGCCUGUGGAAGGGAGUAAAGACCUCAGGAAAGGUGGUGUGGAUCACAGCUACUAUGCCCUACGUGGUCCUCACUGCCCUGCUACUGCGUGGAGUCACCCUCCCUGGAGCCAUAGAUGGCAUCAAAGCAUACCUCAGUGUGGACUUCUACCGGCUCUGUGAGGCAUCUGUGUGGAUUGAUGCUGCCACCCAGGUGUGCUUCUCCCUGGGCAUCGGUUUUGGGGUGCUGAUUGCCUUCUCCAGUUACAACAAGUUCACCAACAACUGCUAUAGGGAUGCAAUCAUCACCACAUCUAUUAACUCCCUGACAAGCUUCUCCUCUGGCUUCGUCGUCUUCUCCUUCCUGGGGUACAUGGCACAGAAGCACAAUGUGCCCAUCGGGGAUGUGGCCACAGACGGACCUGGGCUGAUCUUCAUCAUCUACCCUGAGGCAAUUGCCACACUCCCACUGUCCUCGGCCUGGGCUGCUGUCUUCUUCCUCAUGUUGCUCACUCUGGGCAUCGACAGUGCUAUGGGGGGCAUGGAGUCUGUGAUCACUGGGCUUGUUGACGAGUUCCAGCUACUACAUCGGCACCGAGAGCUCUUCACUCUUGGCAUUGUCCUGGCCACCUUCCUGCUGUCUCUCUUCUGCGUCACCAACGGUGGCAUCUAUGUCUUCACACUGUUGGACCAUUUUGCAGCUGGCACAUCUAUCCUCUUUGGUGUGCUCAUUGAAGCGAUUGGGGUGGCCUGGUUCUAUGGUGUCCAGCAAUUCAGCGAUGACAUCAAGCAGAUGACAGGGCAGAGACCCAACCUGUACUGGCGGCUAUGCUGGAAACUGGUCAGCCCCUGCUUCCUCCUGUAUGUGGUCGUGGUCAGCAUUGUGACCUUCAGACCCCCACACUAUGGAGACUACAUCUUCCCAGACUGGGCCAAUGCACUGGGCUGGAUCAUUGCCACAUCCUCAAUGGCCAUGGUGCCCAUUUAUGCAACCUAUAAGUUCUGCAGCCUGCCAGGGUCCUUCCGAGAGAAACUGGCCUAUGCCAUCACACCUGAGAAAGACCGCCAGCUAGUGGACAGAGGGGAGGUGCGCCAGUUCACGCUGCGCCACUGGCUGUUGGUGUAA